AAGCUCCCUUCUCUUCCUUGAAUUUGAAGUUCAAAAUGUUGAAAUGAUCUUCCAAGGUGUAAAGCAGAAAAUUAUGAAUAAAUAGUUUGUGCUAUUAAGGGUUUCCAAGGAAGACCAAGAAGUAGUACAACGCAUAACUCUGAAAAAAAAAUCUGUAGAGAAUGUAUGAGGAUAGUUCUUGUUUUGAUCUUAAUCCAACGCUGGAAGCAACCGUCGACAACAACGGCGGCUACUAUGACUCAACCACGGGGACAGAAACAGAUUUUACGGUAAGUCAACAGUUCCAACCACUAGUCAUGAUCGCCGGGAGCACAACAAACACCUUCAGUGACGACCUAAAGCUCCCAACGAUGGAUGAGUUCUCUGUUUUUCCAUCGGUUGUCUCUUCAGAAACUCAAAACCAAAUCAGCAACGAUAACAACCAUCUGAUCCAACAGAUGAUUCACGACUCAAACUGGGCUGCUUCUGUAGACAACUAUGGAUUCUUCAUGAACCCUUCAGAUCAAAACACAACAACAACUCCAACUCCUGAUCUUCUCAGCCUCUUGCAUUUGCCUAAAUGCUCAGUUCCAUUACAAAGCUCAAACCUAUCGGAUAUAAUGUCCGGUUCUUGCAUCUCAUACGACCCGCUCUUCCACUUAAACCUUCCUCCACAGCCUCCGGUGAUCCUUACUGCUGAUGACUACUCAGGGUUCUUUCUUGGAACCGAUACCAAUAUUACUAAUACUCAAAGAGAUCAGCAAAAUCUUGGUGAUGAGAACAACAAUGAUCAGUUCGAUAGCGGUAUCAUCGAGUUUAGCAAAAACAUUAGGCGUAAAAGAAGAGGAAAGCAAAAGAACAAGCCUUUCACGACAGAGCGUGAAAGAAGAUGUCACUUGAAUGAGCGCUACGAGGCCUUGAAACUGCUCAUUCCUAACCCUAGCAAGGGAGAUAGAGCAUCCAUUCUUCAAGAUGGAAUUGAUUACAUUAACGAGUUGCAGAGAAGAGUGAGUGAGCUUAAGUAUUUGGUUGAGAGGAAAAGAUGUGGUGGGAGACAUAAGGACAACAAUGAAGUAGACAACAGCAACAACAAUAACUUGGAUGAUCUUAAUAUUGUCAAUGAUGAAGAUGAUGAAGAUGAUGAUGAUGAAAACAUGGACAAGAAGACUGAGAGUGAUGUAAUAGACCAGUGUUCAAGCAACAACUCGCUGAGGUGUUCAUGGCUUCAAAGGAAAUCAAAAGUGACAGAAGUUGAUGUUAGGAUUGUUGAUGAUGAAGUAACAAUCAAAGUUAUUCAGAAAAGGAAGAUUAAUUGUUUGUUGGUUGUCACCAAAGUUCUUGAUCAUCUACAUCUCGAUCUUCACCAUGUCUCUGGAGGACAGAUUGGUGAGCAUUAUAGUUUCUUGCUUAACACUAAGAUAAAUGAAGGAUCAACAAUAUAUGCAAGCGCAAUAGCAAACAAAGUUAUUGAAGUUGUGGAUCAACACUACAUGGCUGCUCUUCCUAUCAACAACUACUAAUUAUUAGGCUAACUUUAUAUAUUUCUAACUUUUGUAUUCUAUGUUUACUCAUUUCAGGACUAAAUAAAAUCUUUUUUGGAGCUAGAUUUAUGUUAUUUAAUUAGUUUGGAUAUUUUAUGCUAAAACAAAGACACAUGCAAGCGCCAUAUUCUCCUAAUCUCCUAAGCCAUUCUUAUAAUCUUAUUAAUGGAAAAUAAACUUUUAACAACAAAAAUAAAUUAUCUAGAAAAAGAAAUAUUGAUGGUGGAACAUAUAUAAUCACUUAAUCUUCAUAGUUUAUAGGUAAUCCAAUAGCCUCGAUAUUGUAACACUUUGAUCAGGUUUUGGCAGAUGUUACGUUGAUGGAGGACAUCUUGGUGAGCAUUACGUUUCUUACUCAAAACCAAGGUCAGUGAUCAAUCACUACAUGUUUAUAUUCCAUUCUGAAUUAUGGAUUUAAAUAUAUAUAUAUAUAUAUAUAUGUAUAUAUAUAUAUUGGAUUAUAAUGAUUGAAUAAAAUGCAGAUAUAUGAAGGAUCAGCAAUAUAUGCAAAUUGCACACAAAGUGAUUGAAAUUGUGGAUGAACGCUGCGUGGCUUCUCUUUUCGGCAAUAAUUAGGCUUCACUUGUCGAUUUUUGGCAUUUUUUCUAAUCCAUGUUUACUUAAUUGCAAGACUAAUUAAAUAAAACUUGGUUUGGAGUCAAAUUCAGGUUAUGAUCCGGCUAAAAUUUUAUUUGGGGGCUACAAAAUGUCAGAUCCAUCAUAUCUUCCUUUAAGAUUCCAACGUCCAUAUUAUGUAGGAGAUUCAGAUAAUGAUGUGGUAACUUUUCAACGUCGAUCACAUGCAAAUGAUAUCUUUGGAUAUUGUAUAAUACGACAUUCUACAUGUAAAUCAUUUUGAUUACUGGAAAAAUGAAUGACCUAAACUUAAUUAUUGAUGAUGAAAUAUAAUCAUGCAUGUUCCAUCUAGUUUAUAUAUAACCAAAUUUAGCGUUAGAUAAUCCAAAAAUCUAAAAAUUUUCUCAUCCUCGUCAGGUGACGGGUUUCAUUUCUUAAGCCAGGUUUUGGGACGACCAGUAGUUCUGGUUCAGAUCAUAUUUUAUAUUUUCAGAAAAGUGAGGUCCAGUCCUGUUAUAUUCUUACAAAAACAUCUCUAAUAGUUAAUUGUUAAAAACUCAAAAUUGAGAUGUUUGAAUGCUUUAGUUAAGUUCUUAAUCCAAUCUCUUUCUGAAACAUUUGGUUAUGGAUGGAUCAAACAUGCACAUUAUUUUACGACCCGCAUAACCUUUUACCAUUUCAAUUUUAAAUAAAAGUGUUUUAGCUUUAAAAAUAGAUAACGGCAUUAAUUUUAAAGUUGGUAAUUUUAACAGUUAACUUCAAAUUAAUUUAGUGAAUUAAUAAAAGGUUAUCUUCAUUUGGACACAAACGUAUGUAAGAUUUUGGAUUUUUGAAGAUUAUAAAUAUAUGUCUAAAUUUUAUAAAUCAUAAUUCACUUAUAAUAUUAAAAAACUAAAGUUUUUUUGUAGAAAUUGAGUUUAAUUCAACAAAAAUUAAUCAAAGUUUGUAUAAGAUGGAUAUGACAGACAGAGAUAGCAUGGUAUGAGAGAGGUAGGUGACCAAGAAUUUCCUAGCUCUUGUAAUAUUACGAUAAUACCCCUAAAUAUAAGUAUAUUAUUAUCUCAUUGUGGGACCCACAUCUACAUAUCUUCAAACAACCUCACUUUCUUUGCUAUAAACAUAUAUCGCAUGACCUAACUGCAAGAAGAUAUUUAUUCUACUUUGGUUGAUCCAAAACUAGCUUUGUAGGGUUAAUGUUUACUCAGUAAAUCUGAUGUUCUUCCAAAAUACUAGUUAAGAACAGUAGACUAAUUUUUCCAAAGCGUAUAUUCAUUGUCAUAUAAUGCGUAGUUUAAGUUUCAUAAUCCUUUUUAUAUUGAAAAUGUUUGGCAUUUGCUGUAAGAACAAGUUUAUAAUUUUUAGCGGUUAGUUGGUGUGAGACUUCUGCCACAGGGGUAGCUAGGUAGCACAUGGGGCCCACAAUCCUCAGUGAGGAGCAUAUCGCUUUGUAACGACCGAAACACCCUUAAGUGUUGCAAAGACCUGAGAGACUUGGAAAGGGACACAUCUUCUGGUCUUUUUUGUAACAGACCUUCAUGUUUGGCCACAAUGAGAAAGAUAAAUCACAUGCUCCAACUACAACAACCUCAACAAUAUUUCACGUAAUUAUUUAUUUUUAAAUGCCAACUUUUAUCAGCGUUAAAAAUAAAAUAAAAUUUCAAACUUGUUACAAUUACUGAAGUGUUUG